AUGAGCGAAGUUCAUUUCGUUUCUAAUAAUAAAGAUGAUACGGACGAACAAGUAUUCACGCGAUACUAUGAAUUUCCCUCUUCACAUGGCAUUAAAGGUCUAAAGAAAUGCAGUCCGUUUCUUCUCUUUCGCAGAGAGGUCAGUAAAGCUUUGAAGAAGGGUGGAAGAGUAAAAAGAUCAGGGGAAAUCUCUACAUUCGCGUCAAAAUUGUGGAAAAAAUUGGGUCCCGAUGAAAUAGAUCAAUACCAUCGAUUAUCGGCCGCAUUAUCUCGUCAACAUGCCAGUUGGUCUAUCAGCUCUUCGACGCAAUACCUGCAAACAUCAAUUCCUAAUGCUGCUGCGAUUCAUAGAUCAUCUCGUCAACAUAUUGAUGUGCAAAAUGUCUCUUCGAUGGAAUUACCUCAUCAAAUUAUCGGCUCUUCGAUGGAACCAACAUCAAUUCCUAACUUUAUCUUGCCUGAAUCCGAAAAAUUUAUGUUUUCAAAAGAAAUCUGGGCCGACACCAAUUCAGACCUAUUUGGUCUACCAUUAGUAAAUAAGCCAAAUUCACAAACCUUUAGUAUUGAUGAUAAAUUAUAUUAA